GUGGUGAUAGACACAGACUACCUAGCACGUGUGAUACUGUUUGGUGGGAUCCAAUAGGAAAUAAAUGUUUAUGUAAUGACUCGACUUGUGCUUAUACGGAUACUAGUGUACCAAUGCCCAAUAAAACUUCAACGAACAAUUCCAAUACUGGCAGCGAUGGAAAAUCCAACACCAAUGGUCAAAAAUCUGAUGCUAGUUCAUUACUAUAUAGUUCUGCUUUAAU